GUAUAAGGCCCUUGAUGUUUAAUGCUCUGAAACGUUUUGCUAAUAUCUUAGCUGUGCUAGGUUUUGCUUUCAGUGGAUAUUGUUUUGUUGCACAUUGUUUACUAAAUGAUCUUAGAUCUGGGCAGAUUGUUGCUCUUCAGGACGGGGCACAGACUGGCUGGAGACCAACAGAGAAGAGGACAUGUCUCAACGGAUUGUAUGUGUGUGAAUAAAACGGGGCCUGUCCGCCCAGCGAGGGCUCUGUAAGAAACGGCUUAUGGGGUCAAGGUGGGCUGCCAGCUCUUGCGUGACAAGAUACAUAGGGCUUUUUGAUUCGCUCUUUGGCAGAUUACAGGUUGCUAUAGUUUCUCUAAUGCUCAAAUCAAGCAUUCAGCUAAUCGGCUCAGAAUAGGUUAAAGGCUGCCGCUGAUUUGGAAGAGAUAAAACUUGGUGACAGAAAACUGGGGAGGAGAGUUUGACAAAGGCACGGCUGCUCCGGCUUUGAUGUCCCGCUCCGCGUGACUGUGGACGGGGACUGGAGAAACACUCUGAGCUUAUGGCCAAACACACUGGUGUGAUGAAACACAAUGGCGACUAUGGAGAGCUACAAGGACCAAAAGAGUUGUGUUAUCCUAUUACUGAUAUUGUUUUCUUCUUUUCUUUCUCUGUUUUGCUCUGGGGAUCUCUUACACACAAUGAAUGAAAAAAUAACACUUGGAACUCCUCACUUGGUCCUGAAGUUUACGGCGCUCCACUGGGCGGCCAAGCAGGGCCGUGUGGAGAUGGUGGACAUGAUGGCUCGCUCCGGAGCGGACGUCAACCAGAGAGCGGGUUACACACCGCUCCACCUGGCUUCUCUACAUGGACAUGACAAAAUCAUCCAGCUGCUAAUCAAUAACUACAAUGCCAAAGUUAAUGUAAGGGACUAUCACGGGAAGAUGGCAGCUCAUUACUGGAGUGGCAGCAAGGAUAUUUUUACCGAACACAGAUCUCAUUCUGCUGGCAGCUGGCCGAGGGGGAGGCGGGCCCAGUGUUACGCACAGCUGUCUGCGCUCCUGUCUCGCUCUCAGAGCAACAGAAUCAUCAGUGCAGAGACGUCCAGCAGUCCACUACAGCUCCAUCACCCUCAUCCUGACACACACUCAGCAUGAACCACUGCCCAGUGAUCCUCAAGUAGUCAUAAAAUCAGUCAUUAAAGGAUUCGUUCGAAUAAAAAUUAAUAUGCUGUCAUCAAUUACUCACCCUUGUGCCUUAAAACUUGCAUGCUAAGACUUAAUCCUUUGGUGAUAAAUUGUUAAUUUCAGGGUUCUUGUUUAAAGAAAACUCUUGUAUUGAAUGUGCACUUUUAAUAAAAUAUAUAUAAACUUCACAUAAUAUA